UGAGUGUAUAAAAGCAGCUCUCCCUGAAAGAGACCUACAGUAGAGAUCAUUCCCAGAACAGGAGAACAUGAGACUCUAUCUAGCAGUCUUUGCGCUCCUGGCAGCAGUUCACUGCGAGGAGCUCUUUAAUGGAGACCAAGUUCUCAGAAUCCAUGCUGAAUCUGAAAGCCACAUUCAUGCUUUGAAGGAGUUGGAAGAGGACGUGGAAUCUGGGCUGGAUUUCUGGACUCAUGGCUUCUCAACUGAACGGCCUGUUGACAUCCGUGUGCCUAACUCCAGUCUGCAUGCUGUCAAGGACUUCCUCAAGAAAAACAACAUCCCUUUCACUGUCAUGAUCAACAAUGUGCAGGAACUUUUGGACAAGGAGAAAGCAGAAAUGGUUAGUAAUGCAAAGAUGGAGCGCAGCACCAAGAGUUUCAACUUUGCUGCUUAUCAUGACCUGGAGACUCUAUACAGUUUUAUGGACACGCUUGUUGCAAGUCACCCUAACCUGAUCACUAAAGUGCGCAUUGGCAACUCCUAUGAGAACCGUCCCAUGUAUGCCCUGAAGUUCAGCACGGGUGGUGUGAGUCGACCAGCGAUCUGGGUUGAUGCUGGAAUCCACUCCAGGGAGUGGGUUACUCAGGCUUCUGCUGUGUGGAUCGCCAACAAGAUUGCUUCAGACUAUGGCGUUGAUCCCUCUGUGACCUCUCUCCUUGGUCAAAUGGAUAUCUACUUGAUGAUUGUGACCAACCCUGAUGGAUAUGUUUUUACUCACACAAAUAACCGUAUGUGGCGUAAAACUCGCUCAGUGAACUCUGGCUCCUCCUGCCGUGGUACUGAUCCCAACAGGAACUGGGAUGCUGGUUUUGGUGGUCCAGGAGCCAGCAAGGACCCCUGUUCCGAAUCCUACCAUGGGCCCUUUGCCAACUCUGAGGUGGAAGUGAAAAACGUUGUGGACCUCAUCAGGGGCCACAGCAAUUUCAAAUCCUUCAUCUCCAUGCACUCUUACUCCCAACUGUUAAUGUAUCCCUAUGGUUACACAUGCACAGACAUUCCUGAAAAGUCUGAGCUUCAUUCUGUUGGGACAGCUGCAAUUAAAGAACUCACCUCCCUCUAUAACACCAGAUACCAAGUCGGUAGCAUCUGCAAAAUUAUCUACCAAGCAAGUGGUGGAAGCAUCGAUUGGACCUACAAUAUUGGCAUCAAAUAUUCCUUUGCCUUUGAGUUGCGUGAUACGGGCUACUACGGUUUCCUGCUGCCUGCCAACCAGAUCAUCCCCACUGCAGAGGAGACCUGGCUUGGUCUCAAAUACAUUAUGGAAUAUGUUCGUAAUCACCCUUAUUGAGAGAAAUGUAUUGAAGGUUCAAUAAAGGUCUCAUACACCCUUUGCUGGAGUAGUUAUUUUGAAUAAAAACAUGAAAAUAUUUUUUGCCAUUGUAUGGUGACAAAAUAUUGCCCUUUCACAAUUA